GCAUUGGCGCUACUAAGGUGCCCACCGCACAAACGCCGUUGGGCAACAGCAAUGUUGGCUUCAAAAUGCUUCAGAAAAUGGGCUGGGCAGGUAAGGCUGAGCCUGCUGUGUGUGUUAAAUGUGGUAAUUACCAGCCGGCAUAG